GCGUGGUCGCAGAGCACUUCCCACUCAACAGACAUUUUUCUGAUUGCAGUGUACGGGCAGCAACGCUCUCACCGUCGCAACAGUAAAACCGACUUUAUUUUACUAUUAUUAUUAUUUUUAUAUAAAAAAGGAGGUUUCCUUUUGACCUGACCGGAUAACGGAUUCAAGAUGUUUUACACAUGUGGACCCAAUGAAGCGAUGGUGGUGUCUGGCUGCGGCCGUUCUCCACCUCUAAUGAUUGCUGGAGGAAGAGUGUUUGUCUUGCCGUGUAUUCAACAAAUCCAGAGGAUCACACUCAACACCCUGACUCUAAAUGUGAAGAGUGACAAAGUCUACACCCGCCAUGGAGUCCCUAUCUCUGUCACCGGCAUUGCGCAGUACUUCUUUGGAAAUCCUGGCUCUCUGGUAGUCGGUUGUCACUUUCUCUCCUUCUUUCUGUCUCUCCUACAGGACUACCUCCACUCGCUGGGUAAAGCCAGAACAGCUCAGGUGCAGAAGGAUGCCAGGAUUGGAGAGGCUCAAUACAAACGAGAUGCUGUCAUUAAGGAGGCACACGCAAUGCAGGAGAAGGUGUCUGCUCAGUACAAGAAUGAGAUUGAAAUGGCGAAAGCCCAGCGAGACUAUGAGCUGAAGAAAGCAGCUUAUGACAUUGAGGUCAAUGCCAAGAAGGCCGAGUCAGAAAUGGCCUAUCAGCUUCAGGUGGCCAAGACCAAGCAGCGCAUCGAAGAAGAGAAGAUGCAGAUUCAAGUGGUGGAGCGUACGCAGCAGAUUACUCUGCAGGAACAGGAGAUCACACGCAAGGAGAAGGAGCUGGAGGCCAAGGUUAAGAAACCUGCAGAAGCUGAGAAAUACCGACUGGAGAAGUUGGCUGAGGCCCAGCGUUCACAGCUCAUCAUGGAAGCUGAGGCUGAGGCAGAGUCCAUCAGAAUAAAGGGUGAGGCAGAGGCUUUUGCCGUGGAGGCUAAGGGCCGUGCUGAGGCCGAGCAGAUGAACAAGAAGGCAGAGGCCUUCAAGCAGUACAAAGAAGGAGCCAUGGUGGACAUGCUGCUGGAGAAACUGCCUCUGAUGGCAGAGGAAAUCAGCAAGCCACUGUCAGCGACACAGAAGAUUACCAUGGUGUCCAGCGGUGGCGCAGAUGUAGGAGCCUCCAAACUUGCUGGAGAAGUGCUGGACAUCAUGACCAAGCUGCCGAAUGCUGUAGAGAAACUCACUGGAGUCGACAUCUCCCAGGCUGCAGGGAAAACCACCCGGGCGCAUUGAGAAGAGUAAUCAGGAGAGGUGUCUACAAUAUUUAGACAAAGAGCUCCACAUCUCCUCGUACCUGUAACGACUGUACUGACUUGUAAACACUGUAAACCUCUCUCAUUGUCUGUGUGAAUGCAUGCUUUUCACUCAUGUCCUUCCCCCAGUCUAAACAAGGCUAGGUUUUUCUUCCCCUGUUGUGUGGUUUUCUUUUCAUGUCCCUGAGCUGUGCUGCUGUGCUUCAUGCUGCAGGUCACAUUGCAACCAGCCUCACGUGAUACAGCGACUGCACAACUUCUGUCUUUGGCUGACAAAAGCCUCAGCUAAUACGUAGAAGCCCACUUUAGGGACUAGGUCAAUGAACUAUUACGUUUGUUUGUUUGUUUUUUACUUUUUAAUAUAAAAAUGUAGGAAAAGCUUAUAGCCUUAUUCUAUUUUCUUUCUGUGCCUUUCAAUUAAUCAAAUAAUGCAAAACAUACACUUUCAGGGAGCCCAACUGAGUAUGCUGCUACACUUCUGCCACUGCUACACACCCCUUUAUUAAAUCUGAUCAUUCACCUGGAGGCUCUGAGCACGAGAGAAGGAGGUUCUGACAAAGUCAGACCCUAAAAAAAACAAACUUUAGCGCAAUGUACAUUCUACAUUUAGACUACUAGUUGGCUGACUGAAAUCUUGCUGAGAGCGUUUAUCAAAUCACCUCAGAGUUUUGUGUGUUGAAAUUUUUUUAUUUUUAUGUACUAAUCACAAAAGACCGAAUGUCUCUUCUUUGUCUACUAGGUCAUUGCAAAAAGACAUACGUGAGUGUCUUUGUAGUAAUGGAUUACAUUGUUGGCAACAAUGUUAUCGGCUGGAACUGCAAGUGGGAGGAGUUUCUUUGUGUCUUGAAAGGAGGAGGGAGGAAGUGGGUGGUUGGAACAAGUUAUGGUUUGGUUAGGUUUCCUGUUAAAGCCAAUGAAAGUAUGUUGAACCUUUUGUUUUCUUCUUCACUGUAACUGCCUUUUUAUACAGCUGUCAUAAGUAAAGAAGGACCAUCACGAAGUAGCUCAGCCUACUGCUUUGUUAUGCAUGCUGCCUUGAGUUUAGUCGCCUUGUCUUGUCUUUUUCCUGCGUUAAAGUAGUGCAAUUUUUGUUCCUAGUCUUUUUUUAGAAUCACUCCGCAUUUUGCAACCAAGUGCCUGGUUAAACUCCUCAGGCAUCAGUUUAAGACUAGUUAAACUCAUCAGGGAACAGUUCCUCAUAUCAAACUGGUCUUAACCCAGUUUGUCACUUUUGAGGACAAAAGCCAGAAUCCGCCUGUCUUCUUUGGUGCUUUGUAGUGACUAAUACUUUCUUCUUCUUUUUUUUUUUUUUAAUGUUGCAUUUUCAGCCUUUGUUGAUAUAGUGGGAAAGUUGGCUGCUUGUAUCAAAUAUUAAACAUCAUCUAUGUUAGACUUAUAAUAAAAUAUAUUUCAAUCGAU